AUGGAAGACAAUCUUGAAGAACGAAUAGCAAACUUGGAAGAACGGUUGGGACUAUAUAAGUCUGGAGUUGGAAACAUAAAUGGUGAACUGAAUAAUUUGCGAAGGAAGUUAUCACUUGCCGGCUGUGGUUUCUUGCUGAAAAUCCCGUCGGAUCUACUGCAUAGGAUUAACGACUUAGCGAUUGGUGUUGGUUUUUACUUAUAUUCUGGUAAAACUUGUUUCAAUGAUUAUUUGACUACAACGGAGAAAAAAAGAGAAAUUGAAUUUGGUCAUGACAUAAUGCUCAAACGAGUAGAAUUAUUGCAAAAGUUUAAAAGAGAUUCUGAGAUUGCAUUGAAUUCGGAAUCGAUCGCAAGUGUAUGCUAUCGUUUAAAUGAUCUGGAAGCUGUUGAAAAGGAAGUUAAUGAUUCGACUGCAUAUGUGCGGGAGCACCAUAUGAAUGUUGCUGAUAUUAAAAGGAAAUUUGUAACACUUUUGGAACAACUUCAAUAUCAGGUUCUGGAAUGGCAAAGUAUUGUAGAAAAACUUGAACGGGAUCGGGAAGAAAAGGAAUGUGCAGUAUAA